UUUUCUAAAUUUGUUCCCCGUAUUCUGUUCUUCCUAGACUGAGCAAAAGGAAGAACCUUUUACCAUGAAAUCGGAGACAUUAACACUGGUUCUGGUGAAUCUCGCCGGAAUAAUGGAAAGAGCUGAUGAAUCAUUGCUUCCGGGAGUUUACAAAGAGGUUGGUGCCGCUCUACAUACUGAUCCGACGGGGUUGGGUUCGCUCACUCUGUUUCGAUCCAUUGUGCAAGCUUCUUGUUACCCUUUAGCUGCUUACCUUGCUGUCCACCACAACCGUGCCCAUGUAAUUGCUCUUGGUGCAUUUCUCUGGGCCGCUGCUACCUUUCUCGUCGCCAUCUCAACCACCUUCUUUCAGGUUGCAAUUUCAAGAGGUUUGAAUGGGAUUGGACUUGCCAUUGUUACACCUGCAAUUCAGUCCCUAAUUGCUGAUUCUACUGAUGAAAGCAACCGUGGCACGGCUUUUGGAUGGCUAACCUUAACAGGAGGUAUUGGCUCCGUUAUAGGUGGACUCUUCUCAGUUCUGAUAGCCUCAACAUCAUUUAUGGGUAUAGCUGGAUGGAGACUUGCAUUUCAUGUGGUUGGCAUGUUAAGUGUCAUUAUUGGUAUCCUGGUACGACUCUUUGCUAUUGAUCCGCGCCUUUCUGGUACCGAAAAUGGGGCUAAAGAAAAUGUUCCUCAUCAACCCUUUUGGUCAGAAGUGAAGGAGCUAAUAAAAGAAGCAAAGUCUGUAAUAAGAAUUCCAACUUUCCAACUACUUAUUGCUCAAGGUGUCUCUGGUUCAUUUCCAUGGUCAGCUUUGUCAUUUGCACCUAUGUGGUUGGAACUUAUAGGCUUCUCCCAUGAAAUGACAGCAUUGCUCAUGACCCUUUUCUCUGUUGCUUGUUCAAUUGGGGGCCUCUGUGGAGGGAUGAUGGGGGAUUUUCUAGCAAAGCACUUUCCAAAUGGUGGGAGAAUUAUCCUGUCGCAGAUAAGCGCAGGUUCUGCUGUACCUAUGGCAGCAAUUUUGCUAUUGGCAUUGCCAGAUGAUCCAUCUACAUCUUUUAAGCAUGGUCUAGUUUUGUUCAUCAUGGGAUUGUUGAUUUCAUGGAAUGCUUCAGCUACUAACAAUCCAAUAUUUGCAGAGAUUGUUCCAGAGAAAUCCAGGACGAGCAUCUAUGCUUUGGAUCGAUCUUUUGAGUCCAUACUGUCAUCCUUUGCUCCCCCUGUAGUUGGAAUUUUGGCUCAGCAUGCUUAUGGAUAUAAACCAAUACCAGAAGGAUCAUCAAAAUCAGUGGAGACUGAAACAGAUAGAGAAAAUGCUGCAUCACUUGCCAAGGCACUGUAUGCAUCAAUUGGACUACCAAUGACCAUUUGUGCUCUCAUUUAUUCAUUCCUUUAUUGCACAUAUCCAAGGGACCGGGAGAGAGCAAGGAUGCAGGCAUUAACAGAAUCAGAAAUGCAACAAAUAGAGUCGGAAAAUUCCCAUUCAAAUGAAAAAGACUCAGAAAUUUAUAUUGCAGAAACAAUAGAGAUGAACGGAAAGGAAGAAGAUAAAAUUUAUAUUGAGUAUGGCAGGGAGGAUACCUUUGAUUUUGAUGAUAGUGACGAAAAGUAUCUACUUAACCAUCAGCAUUACCCUCCUCAAACAUAGCAGUCACGUAAGGCCAAAACUUUACCAGAACUUAGAUUGAAACAACACAGUAUUGAAGUUUAUAAUUCAAAUAUUGUUUGUGCAUCAAUACAACUUUUGUUGCUCAACCUUGAUAGUUUUUCAAAGAUGAGUGUGUUGGCAUGCUCAUAUGAGUUCUUGUUGUACAGUUAGGUCUUAUGAUAUAUAUAUAUAUAUAUAUAUAUAUAUAUAUCUGAGAGAUAAAUUAUUGGUGCUGAU